AUUUCAGUUCCAACAGCCCCACCCCCUCCAACCCCCCGCUCUCUCUUUCUCUCUCUCCCCUAUAUCAUUUCUUCCACGUUCUUCCUUAUAUUAUCAACAUAUCAUAUCUCUAUGACUCCUUAAUUGUUAUACCAUUUAUUGUUUUCACCCUUCUUCUUAUCCAUCGUCUAUCAUGAUCGUCAUCUUCUUCCUUAAAACAUUGCUUCUUGGAUUCCUACUAGCAACACCAUAAGGUGUUGGGAACUAUGACCCUUAAGGGUGGUACAAGCCACGCCUGCGCUGCAUGCAAGUAUCAAAGGAGAAGGUGCUCCGCUGAGUGCCCUCUUGCUCCUUACUUCCCUGCUGAACAGCCAAAGCUAUUCCAAAAUGCUCACAAGUUAUUUGGUGUCCGCAACAUGUUGAAGAUACUAGAGCAUUUGGAGCCUAGUCAGAAAAAUGAGGCAAUGUGGUCUAUCAUCUGCCAAGCCAAUAUCCGAGACAAGUCUCCGGUGUACGGCUGUUGGGGGAUAACGAGGCAACUACAGUACCAAGUGCUUCUGGCAGAGGAGGAGCUUCAAGCUGUUAAUGCACAGCUUGAGAUGUACCGGCAACAACAUCAGCAGCAUCAGCAGCAGAUUUCUUCUAUGCCCAUUGAUAUGACCUCGCAGUUAGAAUUAGGCAUGGCGCCCCCCAGCAAUGCCCUUUCACUUUUCAACCAUACUCCACAGCCUUACAAUGUCGUCCCUGCUUUGCCUGUAACACAACAACAGCAAUCUUACUCUAAUAGCAGCAAAGCUGGUUACAACUCCUCUGCUUUCAUGGAUACCAAGGAUAAUGCUGCAAACCCUUUUUGGGUUCAACAUUCUUUUGCCAAUAACAAUAACAAUUCAAUGGCAACAUUUCAGUCUCAGUUGGCUGCCUCCCAACCACUCGCUAUCCAACAAGUAGUUCAAGACUAUGAUGAGAUGCAUCCUUUCUUUGACACCAUUGAUGACAGACAAUCAUACAUUGAUUCCAAAGAGGCUUAUGAAUCAAGCUCGGAAGAAUCCUUGAAAGAUACAAACCAGUCAAUUGAGCACGUUGCAGAGAAUGAAUUGAAGAGUGCUGCUGCAUGCUUCAGUCUUACCAGCGUCAACUGAUCAUAUGAGCCCAAGAACAGUAGCUUGUUUCCCAUCUGUAUUCUUUUUCCCCAAAGUUGGUGCAUAGAAUAAAUUCCACAAUUUUGAGAUUUUUUCUUUUUUCUUAAUGUCACCUAUUCUUUGAACAGCUCAUAGUCGAUUUUCUAAUCAAUAUUUGAGAUAUUCCAUGUUUCUAACUACGUUGGUAUUCUUUUGUUUGUGGGAAUCAGUGAAUGUUUCUCAAACUUAGCAGAUUUAAAGCAGAGGUGCUAAUUGGUGCCACAUUUUAUGCCGAUCUAUUUUCUUCUUCGCUAUCCACCUAUAUAAGUUUUCACUUGAAUUUAUCAUCGGAUUUGGGCCAAAUUGGAUAGAGCUUUGGCUUAUCCGUGAGUAUUGUGGAUUAGGAAGACUUUGACUGCAUGCAGUCCUAUGCUCAUCUCUGCAGAAUCUGAUUUUGUUCAUUAUAUAUGGUUCUACCCCAUUUUGAUUCUUGAGGAUGUGAUGAACCAACCCAUAAUGUUUUCAAAAAAUUGGUGCGGAAAAGCUGGUCGUAGCCUGUUCUUGGAAGUCAUUGGUUGGUGAAACUUAUUGCCAAGCUUAAUUAAAAAUUGGAACAAGACGGUCCUGUUUGGUAGAGUGGAGCAACAACUACAACUGCAGCAAUUAGAGGAUUCCAAUGUAGAGUACUUCGAGGUAGAUCUUGUUAACAAAGGGAUGGAGCUGGAGAAGUCUCUUCUACAGGAGGAAAUACUUAUUAAAACAGGAGGCCCGAGAGAAGUGGUUCAAGAAAAGACACAUGCUAAUACGAUGUAAUUUCCUCAUGCUACUCUCCACAAGAUAUACAUGAUGAUCAUGAAGCAAUCAAGUAUUUUUUUUAAUGAUCUGCUCUCUCUUCAAGUGAUUCUAUCCCUAGCUACUCAGUCUUGCUUAUUUUAUUACUCGGUGUUGUUGUAUUGGAAAGGAAAAAUGAGCAGUUAUACAGAAUGCCUUCAACUGAGGAAGUACUAAAAGAGGUUUUGCAUGGAAGACAUUCUUCUUGAUAGCAGCCCGAGUUCGGAUGGGAUUAUCUCGAGCUUUUACCUUGAAUAUUGUUGUAGGUAUAUCGUGAGGGUGGAUGUGUGCAUGGGAGGCUACAAAAGACUUCAUUAAUGAUGCUUCUUUUCCUCUUUUUUCUUGAUCCUCAUCUUCCUGAAGGGAAGAAGUAUGGCUGAAAAUGUGUCCCUUACUCAGGAACUUGUGCUUUGUCUCAAUAAAAAGAUGUAAGGAGAUGCAAUUUAAUGGUUAAAGUUGACAUGGCCAAGCUAGCUAGGUAGGCAUAUGAUUGAUUGGAAUAUUGGAAA